AAGCAAACCCUUUUGCAUUUGUCUCCUUCUCAUUUCAGAAUCAUCUUUUGAUUUCUAGCUCUUUGUCUUCACAUCUUCUCUCUCGCCUAAUUCACCCAUUUGGGGUUCUAGAUUCCCACUCAAUUGGGUCUUCUUCUUUCUUUCUAGGGUUUUCUGAUUUCUGCUUCAUCUGGGCAUCCAUGGAUGCUGCUGCUUGUGAUCUUCAACUGGAUGUUAAUGGCCAAGAAACCUUCUUCAUUCAUGAGAAAAUCAUCUCAUCCUACUGCGGCAGAAUCAGGAGAUUAUUCGGUAAAUCCAAAGGCGCGACAACGAAUCUCAAAGUUAUAUUCCAUGAUUUUCCGGGCGGACCUGAAAGUUUCGAACUUGUAUCAAGAUUCUGCUACAACAAUGGCAGAAUCGAUAUAAACCCCUACACCGCACCUCGACUGUUCUGUGCAGCACAUUAUCUAGAAAUGAACGAAACUAUCACUGGGUCCCACAAUUUACUCGAGCAAUCGGAAAAAUCCCUUGAAGAGAUCAAGUUUUGGAGCUGGCCGGAACUUUUAUCGGCUCUAAGGAGUUGCCAACAUCUAGUCCCCAUCUCGAGUUCUUCAGGAAUUCUUCAGAAAUGCUUGGAUUCUUUAGUGGGCAGGCUCGUUUUCACAAGUGAAACGAGCCCAUCGUGCCCUUCUAGUUCAUCACCGGAAAGCUCGGUUCUUCGGCUAUCCACCGAUAGCAAAAGCACCGAGAGUCUUAAAAGCGGUUUCUUGCGGUCAACCUGGUGGUUCGAAGAUCUUGUAACGGUUUUGACGCCAAAUUUAGUGAAAUUGUUGGUAAAAUCAAUGGUUCUUCACAAAUUCGAUCUUGGCGUUACAAGUAGGUUUCUCUUUUACUAUCAAAAAUCAAGAUUUAUCGUCGUCAAUUUUGACGAAAAGCGAGAAAUAACCGAAACCGUCAUCGAUAGUCUUAGCUUGCUAGACCAACGCUCUGUUCCUUGCAAGAGUUUAUUCGGGAUUUUACGGGUUUCUUUGAAUUUAAACGUUAAGAAGAUCUGCAAGAACAGUUUAGAGCAUAUGAUCGGUUCACAGUUGGAUCAAGCGACGCUAGAUAAUCUUCUCGUUCCACCCCCACACGGGUCGAAUCAUCUUUACGACGUUAAACUCGUCUUACAGUUUGUUAAACAUUUUUUAGCCGGAAAAGGCGGGCGAGAAGUUCCAACGUCCCAGAUGAAGAAAGUUGCUCGAUUGAUAGACUCAUAUAUCGCGGAAGUGGCUCCCGAUCCUCGCUUAAAGGCCUCGAGGUUUUUGGCUCUUGUAACGGCCCUCCCGGAGUCUGCUAGAGACUUGUACGAUGAAAUCUACCAUGCCAUCGACAUUUUUCUUCGGGUCCACACGGGGUUAUCAGACGGAGAAAAAACGAGCAUAUGCGAAAGCAUCAACUACGACAAGCUUUCAACCGAAACAUGCAACCAUCUGACUCAAAAUGACAAAUUCCCGUCAAGAUUUGCCACGACGGCUCUCAAAGCUCAGCAAAGGAAGCUCGAGAACUUGUUCCGUGAUAUGGACUUGAAAAGACGGUUGGUAGCUCCGGGUCGUGAAGCGGUGGAAACGGAACCGAAAGACGGGAAGAGUGAGCAAGUUGUACUUUAUGCUGAACAAGUUGUACAUCAAGUGGAUAUUGUACAUGAGAAUGAGAAGAUGAGGGCACAUUUGGAAGGGAUGCAAUGGAGGGUGGUUGAGUUGGAGAAAGUUUGUAGAAAAAUGCAAACACAAAUGAGCAAGCUCUUGAAAUCAAAAGUGUCUACACAAACUACUUCUAAAUCAUUGCCAAGGCUUUGUUCAUGAUA